AUGGAUACGACGACUGUGUUAGAUAAGUAUACACAAGAUCUAUCUAAUUUGCCGUUGGAAGUGAAACAUCUAUUACAAGAGUUGAAAAAUAAAGAUGUACAGUUGCAAGAGGCGAGAAAGAGAUAUCAAACAAAAGACAAUCAAAUACAUAAAUUCAUACGAGCAAAUGGGACUUUAACGAAGCAUCCAAAGGAACAACAGAUAUAUAAUAAGGUAGAAGAAGACAUGGUGUUGGUUAAAAAAUUGCAAAAGGAAAAAAUAUUGCUAGCCAAUACUGCGUUGUUUUUGGUAUCCAAGCAUUUGUCAAACUUCGAGACGGAUAUAGCCAAAUUGGAGAAAGAUGAAUUAUUACCUCCUGUCGAUAAUGUGAUGGAACUAGAUACGCCGUCGUCGGAUAUGAACAGUGUGAUCAAUGGGUUAAGUGAUAAUCUUUCCGGUACAACAACUCCUAGAGGACAUUCGGCAUCUACACCGGUAGCAGAUAAUGCAGCAAAUAGCAUGCUCAGAAAAGCACAAAAGAGGAAACAUGCGCUUGGUAUGAAGGGAGCGAGUGGUUUAACGAGGCCGUCGAAGAGAAUGAAGUCGGAAGAUUUCGAGGACAAGAAAUAUGAUAAUGACUCGUUAUCUAGACCUAAUGAAGGGCCAGGUAACAACGGCGAGGACGCUGAUAACAACCUAUACUGUUUCUGUCAACGAGUCUCGUUUGGAGAAAUGAUUGGGUGUGACAACGACGACUGUAAAUUCGAGUGGUUCCACUGGAGCUGUGUCGGUAUCACUGCACCACCCAAGGACGACGAAAUUUGGUACUGCCCAGACUGUGCUCCAAAAAUGGAGAAGAGAAAGAAGAAGAGAAAGUAG